AGAGGUCCAGUACACCAAGAUGCUGGUUGGGUUGGGAGUGCUAUGGACUAGGUCAAGUGCCUGUUGAACAGCUAAAUGUAGUUGGCCAAGCAAGGACAUGGGGCAGUUGUGCAGAGAGAAGCAGGCUUGUGACGUGGAUGAGCCAUAUGAACGACAGACCUCUAGAGCAGAGAGGUUCAUGCUACAGCUAGACAUUUCCUCAAGCUCCAGGUACAAUGAGCUCUAUUUGAAUUCCUACCCUUGGAUUUCUGCUUCCUGAUCUUGCUUCAUUUGGUUUCUGUUUCUUGCAUCCAAAAGAGGCCCAACCCAAGCAACCCUUUCCAUAGAUUCCAUUUAAUUUGUGCUUCAUCCCCUCAGAGCUGCCUGGUGUCUGCUUGAUGAAAAAACUGGACUGUAGCUGCUGGUUCGUGCCUGGUGUCUCCCUGCAUAAAGGACUGAUCUGCAGCUGCUACGUUGUGUUUGGUGUUUGCUAUGGGACUGAAUUGCUGCCCAAGAAGAUUGAGUUCACCACCAAAGAACUGUUCUUGAACAGGUCCACUUCCUCCAUAUCCUAGUAACUUUUCUCUUCCACUACCUCUGCUGAUUGGUGGUCUAGAGGAGAAGCCUUUUAAUAACUUUAGCCAGCACACUCUCCCUACUUGUGACUGUUGGCUCUGUGUUUAUCUGCACACCAGAACGGAACCGAUGCUCUGCAGACCUUCAGCCCGGGCCUUGCCCAGAGCAGCAGAGUGAAGAAGACAAGUUUGGGGCCCAGGCCUACAAGGGUCAGCAUCUUUGGAAUAUCUUUGCCAGGUGAACUUGAGACAUGUCUGACACAAGUGAGAGUGGUGCAGAUCCAGCUCGCUCUCAGGGCAAAGCUUCAGAAAAGGACAGCGGCUCCAUGAUGCAGGACCUGUUGACUGUGACCCAGAACUUGGAGGUCUCAGAGACACCAAAGGCUAAAAAGGCACCAGAGGUCUCAGAAGCUGCAAAGGUCCCCAAAGCCUCUGGGAACCCAAAGGCGACAGAGGUCUCAAAGGCCCCAGAGGCUUCGGAGGCAGCUGCCACCCAGGCCUCACCUACCACACAGCUGAGUGAGACCCAGGUUCUGGCAGCUGAAAACAAGAGUCCAGCAGCUGACACCAAGACACAGAAGGCUGACCUGCAGGCUAUGACAAUGCCUGCAACCCAGACCAAAACGGUCAGUUCUGUUACCGAUUCUAAGGUCAAUACAAAGACUCCGGAGACCGAGGCUCCUGCCUCUCAGUCUGGGGCAGAUGAACCAGAGCCUGAGGGUGCAGCUGUCCAAGUUCAGGAGAAUCAGGAUACUCGGCCCAAGGUCAAAGCCAAGAAUACCGAAAAGGGGAAACACCUGGAAGGGGAAGAGGACGGCAACAGUGAUCAGAGUCAGACUUCAGAAACCACAGGUGGUCGGAGGGUCUCAAAGGCCCUAAUGGCCUCCAUGGCCCGUAGAGCUUCAAGGGGACCCAUAGCGUUCUGGGCCCGCAGGGCAUCAAGGACUCGGUUGGCUGCCUGGGCUCGGAGAGCUUUGCUCUCCCUGAGGUCACCUAGAGCUCGGAGAGGCAAGGCCCGAAGAAGAGCUGCCAAGCUGCAGUCAUCCCAGGAACCCGAAGCACCCCCACCCAGAGAUGUGGCCCUUUUACAAGGAAGGGCAAAUGAUUUGGUGAAGUACCUGUUGGCUAAAGAUCAGACAAAGAUUCCCAUCAGGCGCUCAGAUAUGCUGAAGGACAUCAUCAAAGAAUAUACGGAUGUAUACCCUGAAAUCAUUGAACGAGCAGGCUAUUCCUUGGAGAAGGUAUUUGGAAUCCAACUGAAAGAAAUUGACAAGAAUGACCACUUGUAUAUUCUUCUCAGUACCUUAGAGCCAACUGAUGCAGGCAUCCUGGGAACGACCAAGGACUCACCUAAGCUGGGCCUCCUCAUGGUGCUUCUUAGCAUCAUCUUCAUGAAUGGAAAUCGGUCCAGUGAGGCUGUCAUCUGGGAGGUGCUGCGCAAGUUGGGGCUGCGCCCUGGGAUACAUCACUCACUCUUUGGGGAUGUGAAGAAGCUCAUUACUGAUGAGUUUGUGAAGCAGAAGUACCUGGACUACGCUAGAGUACCCAAUAGCAAUCCUCCUGAGUAUGAGUUCUUCUGGGGCCUACGCUCUUACUACGAGACCAGCAAGAUGAAAGUUCUCAAGUUUGCCUGUAAGGUGCAAAAGAAAGAUCCCAAAGAAUGGGCAGCUCAGUACCGAGAGGCAAUGGAAGCAGAUUUGAAGGCUGCGGCUGAGGCUGCUGCCGAAGCCAAGGCGAGGGCUGAGAUUAGAGCUCAGAUGGGCAUUGGGCUUGGCUCUGAGAAUGCUGCUGGGCCCUGCAACUGGGAUGAAGCUGAUAUUGGACCCUGGGCAAAGGCCCGGAUCCAGGCGGGAGCUGAAACUAAAGCCAAAGCCCAAGAAAGUAGUGGUGCCAGUGCUGGUACUGGUGCCGGUGCCAGUGCCAGUGCUGGUACCAGUGUCAGUACCAGUGGCACUGCUGGUUCUGGUGCUAAUGCUGGGGCCAGUGGGGGCUUCAGUACCAACCCCAGUCUGACUGCCAGUCUCACGUUUGGGCUCUUCGCUGGCCUUAGUGGAGCUGGGGCCAGUAACAGUAGCAGCUCUGGUGCCUGUGGUUUCUCCUACAAGUGAGAUACAGAUUGCUAAUCACAGCGUCUUCUUCUCAAGCCAGGGUGCACUCUCAGACACUUAUUCAAUGCAGCACUCUAGGCAACCGCUAUCAAUCAAUUGAAGUCGACACUCUAUAUUAAAUCUAUUUGCCAUUUCUGA